AUGAUCUGUGUUGUAUAUACUUCGUCUGUUUUGAUUCAUUUGUUAAAUGUGGAACUUGACAAAAUUUGCUAAUCAGCAUUUAAUAUUCACUGUACAAUGUACGAUACGUAUCAAUUUUUAACAUCUACAUAUUCACAAACAACUUAUGAAUUUGUUGAAGAUAUUGAUAAGAGUAAUUCUGAGGAAGAGUGUGAACAAAUCAAGACUUGGUUUGCAGAUGAGUCAUUCAACAGGUAUACUGGUUGUGUAGCAAGAAACUGCUUACAUGGUAAAGGAACAUAUGACUGGAAAUAUGACAGCAAAAAGUUAUCAUACAGUGGUACAUUCUACGUAAACAACAUUGAUGGUUACGGGCAGUUUUCUUAUCCUGAUGGCUGUGUGCAUGAGGGUUUAAUGAAAAAGAAUAUGCGUUAUGGUCCUGGGGUGUUCACACAAAGUGAUGGUUUACACAAUGUUGGCUUUUGGAAAGGAAAACAGUUAAUAAGAUUAUUACAGCAGCUAAGCAGCUGUGUUCCUCAUCUUGCAUCAUCCAUAGAAGCCAAACUUUAUCUUCUGAGGUACAGAAGCCUUGUCAGAGUUCAAGAGGAUGUACCUGAUCCAGCAAAAGAGCUCAUGUCUGAAAUGAAAUUUGACAGAAGAUUCUUGAAACAUUCAAUGGUACUUUACCUGGCUUCAGUGAGACAGAAUCAGAGCUUAUUUAUAAAUAAACCAUACUUCCACAAUAUUUUCUGUAAUACCACAGGAGAUACAGAUAUGUUUAUAGAAGUGGAAUACAGUGAAGACACUUUAACUACACAGGAAAAUCCAAAUGGGAUGAAUAUGAUCAAGAAACUUGUUCCUGUCACUCAUAUAGUGGCUUGGAAUAAUACUAAAAUGCAGAUUCAUAUGCUUAAACAUAUUUUCAAACACAGGAUGUCUGAGGUGAUUGAUAAUAUAAUUAACUUUUGAGUCAUUUGUCACUCUAUAGUACUCAUUUUUGACAAUGUCUUGAAUUACUCAAAUAUUUAAAGAUAGAAUUUUUAUUUGCAUUGUUCUGUGUCUACUAUAUCCAACAUGAUUUCCAACAUCUUAAAACAUUUCAACUCCUCAACACCAAAUUAAAACGUUGCAUUAGGAAGUGUCUGCUUCGUGCAAAAGGUCUUGAGUUCAUAUUGACAACAACAAGUAAUUCUUCAUUACAGAUGUUUAUUUACAAACAGAACUGACAGACUUCACAGACUCAA